CGCCCCACGUGUUCAAAAAUGGAGGUCGUAGAUCCACGAGUGUUUUCUCCUAGUGGAGAAUAUUUAGCGUAUUCUAGUCCUGACGGAAGGUUAAAAUUAUGGGAAACAAGCACGGGAACGUUGCAGCAGGAAUAUACACCAGCCUCCCAUCUUUCAGCAACAUGUACUUGUAUAUGUUGGUGUCCAACACGACACGCAAAAGAAAAGCCUGUAAGGCGGAAAAAGAAAAAGGAAGCUGGAGAAAUUGAUACUCCAGAGUCUUCAGAAAGAGUAGAGAUGAUAGCAAUGGGAACAAAGUCUGGUGCUGUCAUUUUAUACAGUAUCAUUGAAGCAGAUUUGAAAACUAAAAUGGAUGGUGGUCACAGUGAUGCUGUCAACUGCUUGGCAUGGGAUAAUAUGUCAGAUUCACUGUUUAGCUGCUCUAAUGAUAAGUACAUUGUACAGUGGAGUAUAUCUUCGGGGAAAGUCUUACAGUGUUUAUUGGUCAUUCGUCUGAAGUAGUCUGUUUACGGUGCAUCACUCCAAGUGCUGCACAAGAGUCAAAAAAGGAUGGCUACUAUGUCCUCUCGUCUGCUGCUGGUGAUAGGUUAAUCAAUGCCUGGUAUGUAAAAUCUGCUGUGGAAACAGACAAGAAUGCAGUGGCCUCAUUCUCUGUUACGGAUGAGCCUGAACAACUACAUCAUUGUAUAUCACAGAGUAAUCGUCAUCCAGGACUGUUGGCAGUGGCCACCCGGCAGGGCAAACUGCAUGUGUUUGAAUACCAGUUAAAUGGAAGAUGCAAGAAACCCUUACAACCCAAGUUGACAUUGCACAUCGCCACAUCUGGUGAUAGUGGAGAGACGCCAAAGCCUAUUUCAGUGAUUGGUGUUCACCUACUGAAUGACAGGCAGCAGAAUAUUCUUAUUGUUUACGGUGACUUCACGAGGCCAAAAUUCGAGCGAUUGCCUUACAGUACAACAGAGAAUGAGGUAUGUCUGAUUAGAAGUGAUCCCAAGACCGUGAACCGAAAAGUUGACAAAAGUAUCACCAAGGUGAAAAUGCCAUGUACAUCUGGGGAAGUUACACACCUUGUGCCCAGUCACACGCUUCCCAAGCACAGCAAUGUUGUUAAGAAGAGAAAGCUGUCCACUUCCGAGGCUGAUGAGUCGCUAGCAGAAAGACUGAAGAGUGCCAGUGUAAAUGGCCCGACGUCUGAGGUGCCUCGCACAGACACAAUGGCGGUUCUCCUGACGCAGGGUCUUCAGAGUCAGGAUAUGAGCAUGAUUGAUAAAGUUCUAACAGAAGCUACGGCGAAUGUCAUAGACAACACGGUGAGAAGGUUGCCAGUGCAGGCAGUCGUGCCAUUGGUACAAGUACUAGCCUUGCGCAUGAGUGCUGCGCCUAAUAUAGCACAGACGUAUAUUCAGUGGGUGAAAAGCAUACUAAGCACACACACGUCCUUCUUAAUGACGUUUCCUGAACUUAUUGAGAAGCUGAGUGUGAUAUAUCAGAUAAUGGAUGCACGACUGAUGAUGUUCACUCGUAUGUCCCGUUUGAAGGGCAAGCUUGACCUCAUCUUCUCACAGGUAAAUCCUGUGGAAGGGAAACGUGUCACUGACCAGGCUGCGAUGCUAGUGUACCAAGAGGAGUCAUCUGAUGAUGACGUUGACAGUGACCUUGGAGACUUGAUGCCUACGAGCCAUUCUGAAUCUGAGGAUAAUUGGGAGAAUUUGUCCGAAGAAAUGGAUGUGGAAGAAGUGGAGGAAAACCAAGACAGUGAAGAAGAUGAAGUUGUGACAACAAAGAAGAAACGAAAAAAAUAACCAGGAUCUUAUGAGUAAUAGUACUAGGAAGUAAUUGAAUAUUGAAUGAAUCAAUGAGGUAGCAAAAUUGAUAUGGGCAUUUAGCAACAUAAAAGAAAGUGGGAAAAUAUACAAGUACUGACCGAGUUGAGAUAGAUAAAUGGCUGCAUAUUAUGCAACUAAUGCUGGGUUAUUUGGCCACAGCUUCUACUGUUUGCUAGCUUGUUUUGUGGGUUUGUUUGAUGAAGCAGCAAUUGGGUUGUAAGGUGAUUGUAAAUUAUACAUAUGCAUGCUUAUGUGACUUGCUCAUUAUCAGCCAGCCAAAUGCUUCGUACUAUUUCUGGUUUGUAAAUAAUGACAUUGUGAACCAUUUUUUUAAACUGUGAAACAACUGUUCAAAAAUUUCUCGUCUUUGGCAUGAUUUUCUUCGUUCAUAUUUUCUGGUUGGCCUAUUUGCAAGAAAUAUUAACUUGGUAGCAAUAAUUUAUCAAUCAUCAUUGGCCAUUGGGACUUAUCAACUAACAAUUACUAAUUUUUGACUGUAUAGUUCUGUUUUAUAUCCAGCCAAAUUAAAGGUUGGUGUAGAAGAACAUUGGCCAUAAAUAUUUGUAGGAAAUAAAUUCUUAAACUUAAAACAUCACAUAUGCAAGGAGAGGAAAUAGAACGACGUGGACGCAUGGUAUAUGCUGCGAAACAGUGGCGUUACUAUUUAAUUCACAGUGUCACAGAGUUGUUACAAAUUGAUUUGUACGAUGCAUGGCUGUACUAGCAUUACAUUGCAUUAUCAGUGUGUUAACAUUUUGAAUGUUAGCAAGUUAUGUAUUACAAAGAAUGGCAGAUAGUGGUGUACAAUAAAUUUUAUAUUUCUCAA